GAUAAAGGUUUAGUGAUGGCUUGGCUGUGGUUUGUGCUGCUGUGUUCGAGUCUGUGCGCCUCCCCAGUACUGGGUGUAGUCGGAGGUGAUCCAGCAGCUCCCCCUGAACCCGAUGCAGCCGUGGUGUUUACCCAGCGGCAUGGUAACAGCGCCAGAAUUCAAGGUUUCAAGGAUGAUGCCCGAGGAUAUUAUACUUUUAACGGCAUAAGAUAUGCCGAACCUCCAAUAGGAGCUCUUCGCUUUCAGAGACCAGUGCGUAGAUACCUGGCUGGCGAAAUUAAUGCAACUUCAAAUUGCUUGCCUUGCCCCCAGUUGGACCCGAAGGGGUCGGGGGGCAUUAUCGGAAGUGAGGACUGUCUGUGCUUAAACAUAUUUGCCCCGAAAAUGCCUGGAGAUGAGGAAGGUUGCCCAGUUAUAUUUUUUAUUCACGGUGGGAACUUUAAAUCCGGGUCUAUAGCUCCGUAUGGGGGUCAACAUUUUACGAAGCAGGACACAAUUCUGGUGACUGCACAAUACCGCCUGGGUUCACUCGGGUUCUUGAGCACAGGAAACAGAGACGCGUCUGGUAACACCGGCCUGUUCGACCUGAGAGCUGCGAUGACUUGGAUAAAUGACUACAUCGAGUUCUUUGGUGGCGACCGUUCCCGGCUGGUGGUGAUGGGGCAGGGUUCGGGCGGCAGAGCGGCCUCACUAAUGGGCUUGUCUAAGGAGACACCACGCGAGGGUCGAGAUGCUACUGGAGUAGCAGCGCUUUCUGGUGCUCCUUUGUCUCCGGGUGUGGUAAACUCAGAUCCCAAUAAACAUGCAGUAGAAUUGGCGGAGCGCACAGCUUGCCCAAAGGAGCCUCCAGAAAGACUAGUACUAUGCUUAAAGAAGUUACCCGCUGAAAAAAUUGUAAUUGCUGACAAAGACAUAACGUUGGACAUGCCCGAUACACAGGCCUUUUUGGAGGAGAUAUCCGGUAGAGCAGGUCCUAGGGCCCGUGUGGAGGGGGAACACGACAGUCGCAGUCUACCGCCCUUCGUAUCGGAGGAGCCAAGUGACUCUCUCAAGAAGAAGCACCAGCUCGGACCCAUGCUCACCGGCGUGACGUCAGCAGAAACUGCUAGGGCAGUCUUCGGUAAAUACGCCAAAUUCUUGAGCGAGCAGUUGGGGGCUGUGAAGGAUUUCAUAAAGAAGGACGUAAUCGGUGGCCUUAAGACCACAGUGCAAGAAAUCCAGGCCCUAAAUCCGUUGAAGAAUAGCGGCCUGCAAAAUGUAAUACCCUUGCCAGACUAUUACCAGGCCGUGUUUGACAGCACCCUGAAAGCGAUUGACGGAUUAGCUGAAAUUGCUGAGGCUACAGGGGAUGCAUUGUUCAACUUCCCGGCGUAUCAAAGCGUGAAGGAGUGGAGCGCCGGGGCUUCAGCGCUCAUGUACAGUUUCGAGCACGUUGGGAACCUCAGCAAGGGGUACCACUUCGUUCCUGGUAUUGCUCUUACCCAGGGCGCAAGUAACCUCCCCGAAAACUUGCCUCAAAAAGCGAAGGGUCCUGCACAUGGGGACGAGCUGGCGUAUCUCUUUGAGCCGCUGGACGACCAGGGUAACCCAAUGGGUGAGACGGUCUCGCCAACCGAUGCUCAAGUGCGUGAAUCUUUUGUUGGACUCUUCGCUAAGUUUGCUCGCAACUUGAAGUCGAACAAAACAAAGGGCGGCAGUCCUUUCUCAUUUCUGUCGCUUGGAGCCGACAAGGAACAAUACUUGAAAAUUGGAACAACUAUUACUAUGGAGAAGAACUUCCGGUUUUGCCAAAUGGGUCUAUGGGGUAACUUGGGAGACAGGUUAUCUGAUGGAAUUUGCAAGAACAUCCUAGGUAACAUCCUGAACUUACCGAAACUCCUGUCACCUGUAGCAGUCCAGGUGGACAAUACUGGGAAGAUACCGAUCGUCAAUCAAGGCUUGGGUAUUCUGGGCCAGAGACCUAAGAAGCCUACUGGUGGGAAUUCGUUUGCGCCGUUUAAUAACCCAUUUGGAAUAUAAUGAUCUAUAUGUGCAAUAAAUGAAUAUUAUAAGUUCUUUA